AAAUUCAAUUAACCUGUGACGCUGACCCGGUGAGGCGCGAGGGCUCGACGCGGUCCACCACUCUGAUUUUACGCGCAAGCUUUGAUUUAUCUGUCCGUUAACAACACGGUCGAACAUGCGCGCCCCGUGCAGUGCGCGAGGUCUACAUGACGCGGGAAGAGCAGGAUAUUCCUCCAGGACAGUUUGAGGGUUACUUCUGCCCUGAAUGCGACCAGAGAGAGAGAGUAAGAACGCGACGAGAACGAUCGAGCAGGUGUUCAGCCGCCCGAACCUCACGAAGAAUGCAACUUCUCACCUGUACAUAAGGUACUGCUGGCCUAUGAAUGGGACUGUGCUGUGGCCACCACUGCUUUCUGCGCUUCAGUCAGGACUAUGUGCGGCCCAUGUGCCCCUCUGAAUGCACUGGCCAGCUGUUUGCGAGAGCAGGGAGGGUGGGGCGGCCCACCGGGGGCGAGGCGGAAACAGGGCGAUGUCCCCUCAGUUUCGGAUCGCAGUGCUGGGAGCUCAGGGGGUGGGCAAGACGGCCAUUGUGAAGCGCUUUCUUCACAAUGACUACAGUGAGGUGGCGGUGUCCAGUAAGACACGGCGGGUGCAUCUCUCUGCCGCAGUGCUCAAUGGUCAUGUGCAUGACCUUCAGAUCACAGAUUACCCAGCCAUCAGCAGCUUUCCUGGCAGCUCUCUGCAGGAAUGGUCAGAUGUUUGCUGUCGAGGCAUCCGGAGCGCUCAUGUGUACAUUCUGGUUUACGACAUCUGCUGUUUCGACAGCUUUGAGUAUGUCAAAAGCAUGCGGCAGCAGAUCUUAGAGACCAGAGUCAUGGGCUCUGGAGAGACGCCCAUUCUAAUAGUGGGCAACAAGCGUGAUCUGCAGCGAGGUCGCGUCAUCCCCCGACACAGCGUAUCUGACUUAGUCCGAAAGAGCUGGAAGUGUGGAUACGUGGAGUGCUCUGCCAAGUUCAACUGGCACGUUUUACUGUUGUUCGGAGAGGCUCUCCGCAGCAUGGGUUGCGCCCGCUGCAAACACGUCCAUGCCACCAUCCGUUUCCAGCGGGCGCUCAGGAGAGAGCGAUGCGUCCUAAUGUGAGGACUUCUGAAAUGGCCAUUGUGAAGCGAUUUAUGGGAUCUGUCAGGCGAUGGAAGCUCGGUUAUUGCUUGGGCAGCUGGAAGAGCUGUGAUAACCCUCUUGCCAAGGAACUUAACAUUUGGUUUUAACUAUGGACGGACAGAUGUGUAAAACGGGAAGUCCAUGUUGCUUCAUUACCUAAGCCUUCAAAUUGAUGUCUCUCCUUUUGGACUGAGAGAACACAACCAACAUCUCUGCCUUUUAUCUUAGAAAUCCAAACUGCCAAAAAGCUGGUGGAAGGUGGCAAAAAUCAGCUUUAAUGUUACAUUAGUACACUUUCUGUCAUUGCUUAUGUUCCGGCCAGGACAGAACAUGGGACGCUCCUCUAUGUUUAUGAGUAGGGUUAGGUAUUGUUUGAAUUUUAGCGAUUUCAGUUCUGAUUCUGCUUAUCGAUUCCGGUU